CUGUAUCUCUUGACCACCUCGCACAUGCCAUUGUUCGCCGUGAAUCACAUUCGAUGCUGCCCACCACUUACAAAUCGAUCGGAGAAGAGAGCUGAAUGUCCUCCCAACGGGAGGCAACAUUCAUCCUCAAAUCCCGUUUCCAAAAUCUCAGCCGAGCAACGUCCAAGCGCUGAUUAACAACCCGGAGACACGAUUGACGAUCGAAGAAACCGCCGGAGCAACUCUCAAAGUCCGGUGUCCAACCCCGCAGUACGGAUGCCGAGUAAUCAUAAACAACCACAUCCCACAACCGUAAGUUCAAGCCAUGACCUCACCAACUCCCACCCAUUCCCCCAAGACAGUCCUCAUAACAGGCGCAAACGGCUACAUAGGCAACGCCGUAGCUCGCGCCUUCGUCCGCGCCGCCGGCGGCGACUGGCUCGUCUACGGCCUCAUCCGCUCCACCAGCAGCAGAGGAAAUCACCCCCAAUCAUCGGCGCCAUCGACGACGUUGCUGCUGCCCAUGAAUCUGAAUUUAUCCUGGCGCAGUUAUUACCACCCCGUCGUGUUGACGUGGUCAUUUCCACAACGGAGAGUUUUUGGCCUGAUUAUGCGGCGCACUAUCACAACGUCGUGGCUUUGUUGCGGCGUAUAGUCGCUUCUGAGUCUAAGGCUGGAGAUGGAGAUGGAGAUGGAGAUGGAGAUGGAGAGAAAGGAAUAAAAUUAAAGCCUCCUCUCUUGGUCUUUACGUCGGGGUGUAAAGACUACGUACGGCGCUGACCUGACACACCUGUUGCCGGAGGAGGGCACCAGCUUGCGCCCGGCCCCGGCCCCGACUCCGCACACUGAAGAAACUACUCCGCUCAACCCACCCUCCAUCCUUCGUCCUCGCACCGAACUUGCUUCGCAAAUCUUUGAUCGUCUCGGCGGUUUGUACGCGACGGUGCUAGUGAGGCCUAUCAACCUCUACGGUCGAUCGGGGAGUUAUUUCGGGGAGUGGUUUGAUGUUUUUUCU